CGGGAGGCCACCCUUCACUUCGACGUCCCAGAGGUUCUGACGCACAACUGCGAGUGUGGAGAGGGGAGAGAGACUGUCGAACACCUGGUGAUGUGGUGCUUGGGCCCACCGUUGACCAGAAGAUGGGAGAGAGACGAGGUUCGAACGCGAAGGGACUUUUACUCUGUUCUACAGGGAAUCAAUCACAAAGCUGCACGGCUAACGGGGAGGAUCUUGGAGUGGCUGAUGGACUCGGGGAGGCUACCGAUGUCCAGCAUGGCCAGGAGGCUUGAGCUGGAGCUCGUGGUCUGA